UGGAGGCCUGGGAUAAAACAGCCAAAUCCGCCAUAUUGAAACAAAACAAAAUAUYAUGGCUAAACAGAACRGUUGAUUAACAAUCUUUACUCUUUGGAAAAACCUUCAAAUAUGGAACAACAAGAUAUAAUUUACACCAAGGCAGAUUACAUCUUAACGGCAUCAGGGAACAAGGUCAGUCGGCAAUCCGUACUCUGUGGAAGUCAAAAUAUCGUCUUAAAUGGGAAGACUAUCAUUCAAUCAGAUUGCAUUAUUCGUGGUGACUUGGCGAAUGUGAGGAUUGGUCGGCAAUGUGUUAUUAGUAAAAGGACUGUCAUUCGUCCACCAUUUAAAAAGUUCAGCAAAGGAGUUGCAUUUUUCCCACUUCAUAUUGGUGAUCAUGUGAUGAUAGAAGAGGAUUGUGUCGUGAAUGCAGCUCAAGUCGGUUCUUAUGUUCACAUUGGAAAGAACUGUGUCAUAGGUCGUCGUAGUGUUUUGAAAGACUGCUGUGCUAUUGCAGACAAUACAGUGCUUCCUCCUGAAACUGUUGUUCCGCCUUUUACACUUUAUUCUGGAUCACCAGGUAAAUUCACAGCAGAGCUACCAGAAUGUAUGCAAGAAAUAAUGACAGACUACACUAAGAACUAUUACCAGCACUUUGUCUCUAAAGAAGAAAAGUCAAGCUAACUCAUAGCAUAUCUUAGGCUCAAUCUUCAUUACUAUAUUAUCAAAUUGAUAAUACAUUUACUGAAAAAUGUUUUCAUGGCUGUAUUUAAACAUAUUUCAACUAUCAUCUAGAUUAUAGUGCUUCUGUGGCACAUAAGGCCUCAACAGAAGUUCAACUAUUAGCAUAAUUUUUAAUUUAGUUUCCUCCAGGAAGUGUGAUCAUGUAAUAAAAUGGUAAAGAGGGAAAGUUAGUAUAUGUUAUUAGGAGAAAGAGAGAAGGAAAAUAAAUGAAAUUAGACAGGAAAAUAAUUAAGUGACUGUGAUAGUUUGGUGAGCUGAYGGCUUGAGACCUGCAGUGCUUAUGUACCUCCAACAUUUCAUUGUUGCUGAAUCAUUUUAAACAAAGAAGUGAUUUAAGGGAUAUGAUUGAA